AUGCUGCAAAGACUCCAUAGUUCUCACCGUGCUGCAGCCUCACCAGUCACCUAAGUCAGCCUUUAUAAGUGCAGCUAAGAAGGCCCAUCUGAGAACCAACCCGCCCAAAGUGCGCUUUUCAGAACAAGUGUCCUUCAGUGACCCAGACUCAACAAUGCUAAAGGACGACUCUUUGCUACUCAUACCAAAUGUGCUGAAGGUGUUCCUGGAGAAUGGUCAGAUCAAGUCCUUUACGUUUGACAGCCGCACCACUGUCAGGGAUGUGAUCUCGUCCCUGCAGGACCGCCUGUCCCUGCGUUACAUCGAGCACUUUGCCCUGGUGCUGGAGUCAGGUGGGCUGGACCAGAACCAGAGGCUACACCUGCUGCAGGAGAACCAGCCGCUCUCACAUGUGGUGCACAGGACGUAUUUCCAGGGGAUGAAGUGUCUCUUCCGCAUCUGUUUCUUCCCCAAGGACCCGGCAGACCUGCUGAGGAGGGACCCUGCAGCCUUUGAGUACCUCUACAUACAGAGUCGCAAUGAUGUCAUCAAAGAGCGCUUCGGCAUGGACUGGAAGUCUGAUGUCACACUGCGGCUGGCGGCGCUUCAUAUCUACAUCACAGUGUCAUCGGCCAGACCCAAUCAGAAGAUCUCCCUCAAGAAUGUGGAAAAGGAGUGGGGUCUGGAACCCUUCCUACCCCUCACUCUGCUUCCCACCAUCAAGGAGAAGAAUGUGUGUAAGACCCUGUCACAGCUGCUCAAAACCUAUCAGCAUCCGCCUCCCUCCGGCAAUAAGGUCCCUCCUCUCCAGGGAAAGCUGCAGUACAUGCGUGUGCUCAACGAUCUUCCUCCCUUUGGAGGCUUGCUGUUCCACACCGUCGGACUAGAUGAGAAGCAGUCGGCCACUACGCUGCUGGUGGGUCCACGGCACGGCAUCGGACAUGUGAUCGACCUAAAGAACAACCUGACCACGGUUCUGACAGAGUUCAGUCGCGUUGCUAAGAUACAGCUGCACCGGGAGAACCAGGGCGUUGCCCGCGUAGAGGUGGCCAUACAUGAGGCCAAGCCUCUGGUCCUGUUGAUGGAGUGGCCUGAUGCCAGUAACUUCGCCUGUCUCAUCUCCGGGUACUACAAGCUGUUUGUGGACCCCAAACGAGCCAUCUACUACCGGACACCUGGUCAGUCUUAUAUGAUCAAGGCAGGUAUCCUUUCAAUUGCUCUGACAAUUCUGUCCUCAGAUUACAGAGGUUCCCACCAUGCCCACCCACGCUCUGGCGUCACAGCGGUGCCCAGUGGAGACCGACGAGGGGACGAGAGGGAAAGAUCCCAUACGAGGGACCCAGGUUCCCAGUCUCAGAAGACAGCGACCGCCCCACUGCCCGCAGAGUCCCAACACCUGGGUCUAUGCCACGUCCAUCUCCGGGAGCCACAACAGCUGCAGGAGCUCCAAAUGCAGGCAGAACCCGAGCUCGACAUCAAUGAGAACUUAAUUUCCCAAGCGGUACCAGAGCGGCCCAGUGCCAAGUCUGACCCAAUCCCCCGGAGCACGGAGACGAUCGGCGAGAGGCCAGAGAGCCCCGUCCAGGAGAGCUCAGUGGUCUUCAGGAGCAGAGCCCAAACCAUGGGGCAGGUCCAGCGAACUACACGGUUCUUCUGUGACUCCUGCAAGGCCAGGUUGAGGGCAGAGGGUGUGGCCUUAAACGGUGGAAGCAGCAGCAACUCGUCGAAGCACUGCUCCAGCGCCUGUGCCUCCCGUGAUGGUGGUGCAGUAGACCUCAUGGCCCUGCCUCCGCCGGGGAACGAAGAGGAAGAAGAGGUGGAGGAAGUAGGAAGAAAGCUGCAGCCUCCUCCGCCAGCCAUUGCUGACCCUCCGCCUGGCUUCAGGGACAACAGCUCGGAUGAAGACGACUCCAAGAGAGGACGGAAGUCUCAACCAAACCCAAACUCCAUCCCCAGUCCAAGCACUACAACUGGGGCAACUGCAGGCUGCAGCUCUGCCAAGGAAGUGGUACCGGCUCCAGAGGAUGUCCCGGUGACAUUGAUAGACAAUGUGGCCACCAGGACAGUACGGGACCAUGCCCAGGAGCUGGAUGAUGCUCUGGUGUCCACUCUGCAGGCACUGGAGGCCCUAGCUGCAUCAGAGGAUUUCCCCCAUCACCCCCAACAGCCAGCUCAGACCACAGGGUUGAUCGUGUUGGCGGCCAUUACGCCUGAGUCAUCGUUGGACUCAGGGCACGAGACCAACUCCUCCGAGCUGACAGACGUCUCAGAGAUGGUGUCGGCCAUGAAGCAGCACCAGAACCAGGCCUACCUGCUGGCCCACCAUAUCAACAAGGAGCGUAUCUUCAGUCGCAGGGACUUCCCCUUGGCCAUACCAGGCUGCACCACCCAGACUAUAGAGGGUGGUGCAUUCUCCAUGGGUCAGAUCCGCGGCAGCUGCCCCUCGAAGCCAGUGACCCUCAGUAAGAUUGUUCCCCUAAAGCUCAACCCUGCUAAGGAGACUGCCAGUCCAGGUCUCAGCUCAGUGAAGCAGGGGAGUAAUGUUACCCAAGACCCAUCGCAGAGUGAACCGAGUGAAGGUAAGAAGGCAAAAUCAGAGCCUACCAAAGCGUGCACCCAAGACCGUCCUGCACAGUCACCUGAGGAGCUGAAAGUGUCCGAUCCAGGGCAGGCACCCAAGGUCGGCAAGGAUCAAAGGUCACCCUGUUCUACUGUGGGAAAACUAAGCCCCAAUCUCUCUGCAGGGAUCAAGGGGAAAAAGUCUGCGCCUCUGAGUCCGGACCCUACCAACAAAGCCUUACCUAUUCUCUUGGCUGUAGACAGAACUGCCUCCGCCAAGAUUUGCCCCACAAACAUGUGCCAAGAUGCCGAGACUGCCUCUAGCGAGACCAUCAAGCCUUCAAGCUCUAAAGACCUCCUGCCAGUUGAUGACCUAUUCUGCACGUGCCCAGUGAGAGAACCCGGGCCACAGCUAAGACCGAAGGAUCCACAAUCCCAGAAGGUGGUGGUGUUCCAUUCCUCUUCCCCAACAGACGAUGAGCGUCUUCGGGCCAAAGGCCUCCAACUGGCUAGCAGCAAAGAGAUCGCAGCGAGAGCAGCAGGAGGAGCAGGAGCAGACCCCGUCUUGGUCAAGCCCAGCCCCCAGGUUCCAACAAAGUACUCCCAGUCCCCACACAUACCUGUGAAAGCUGAGAGGAAGGAAGCAGCAGAGGCCAAGGCAGAGAGGUCCCAGGGUAAAGCUCAAGCUGAGCCACAGAAAUGCCCCUCGAAGACAUUAUCUCUCCUGGGAGACUCCACACACCCUACCUGCUCUGUGGACAAGGUCUCCACUUUUCCAUCUGCCGACAGCAAGAAGCAGGGUGGUGGUAAAGGGAAGGCCCAGCGUAGCGCCCCCUUCCUCAGUAUCAAGAACCUCCUAUCAGCCACGUUCCCAGCUCGGAUUCGGCGGGAGACUGACGAGCGCAGAGCCCAGCUCCAGAAGGUCCGGCAGUACGAGUUAGAGUUCCUGGAAGAACUUCUGAAGCCCAAGUCAUCCGGGGGAGAGUACCUACCCCAGGGGUCCUCGCCAGUCCCCUCAGGCACCCCCUGUGCUUGCCAGCUCCGUACAAGUCCUGUGCUAAAAGCCCCUGGCAUCUCCCGAGAGCAACGCCGCAGCUGUGACUGCAAGAGAAUGUGCAGAGGCAUCCGACUGCCUGAUACACCGGUCGGCUCAACUGCGGAGCCACAGCAGCAUAGAGGCAGAGAGAGAUCCCUCUCCAAGACCCCUCCAGAGACCUCCAAAACCCCUCACUCCCAGGGAGGUCCGAGGAGACCUCAGACCUUAGAGAUCAAAACCACCCGAAUCCGCUCGACCAGUCUGGAGUCACGGGAACCCAGGGGGGAGCAGGCUUCCUGCUUGCCCACCUGCACUUCUCGCACACCAGACUGCAUGGGCGCUCCGCAGUACAAGAAGCUCCAGAGGCGGUAUAGCAUCGGGGAGGUGGACAACGCUGAAGGCACGCCACUGUACGCCGAGGUCAAACCCAAAGCCAAGAGCCUGGAGAAGGAGAUGGAGCGAGUGAGGGCCACAGGACUGAGGCUUCCAACGCCCGUGGAGCCUGUUCACAAUCAAACUCAAACUCACACGGCUGCUGCAGCGGCGAAGGGGAAGAAAGGAGUGUUCUUCGUCCAGGGAGAAGAGCUGCUGCGGGAGAGCAAAGAGGGGGCACCGACUGAGAUGCUGCUGGGGCUGCCUAGCGAGGACAGUGACGACAGGGAGAAGUGCUGCUCCUUCUGUUUCUGCUACAGGAAAUGUGAGGAGGCGGACGAGAGCAGUGAGAAAGAAGAGCUUUCCUACUCCAUCCCCCUCCAGGUCCUGCCUGGGAUGCAGCUGGACUCUCAGACCUUGCCCGUCAUCAGCAAAACCCUCCAGGUUCUCCACGCUGAGGGCUGCAGCGGGGAGGAGGAAGAAAUAGAGGAAGAGGAAGAAGAAGAAGAACCGCAGACACAGGAGAUUGACCUCCGGGCCUGUGGGACUCUGGAGGGUAGCCUGGCGAGGGUCCAGUCCCUGCAAGGGCAAACGUUCAGCCUGCCGGACGGUUUCCUCAACGCCCAGCUGGAUGCUAAUGAGCUGCUAGCCAUCCUGCGACAGUGCGCUAACGUUCCCCAGGUGGAUAACGAAUCACGCCUCCAGCCGUCCCGGAUCGCCGAGUACAAGCAGGAGCUGGCGGUGCGCUUCAAGGAGUUCAGGGCGGCGUGCAGACGGGUGGCGAGCGUUGAGAAGAGCCCCACGCGCAUGCUGAGUGUUGUUACGGCCAGCUUCCUGGUCCUCUGCGAACUGACUCAGACCUUCAUCAAGCUGGUUAGAGGGGUGCGUUCAGAGGCCCAAAGGCUGCAGCUGCUGCGGAAGGUUGAAGAGGUUGCUAUCAAUUACACUUUGUUGUUGCGUGCAGCCGAGGAUGCUAUGGGUCACUCCAGUAGUCUGCCUAACAAGAGCGUGAGUCCCCUAGUUACUACAACCACCACUAACAUGGGCUCCCUCUCUCGCCCAAUGAAAACCCUGCCCGCCCAGUAGAGACAAAGUUGGGGGAAGUUAGUGAAUAAUUAUUUAUGACAGUUGGGAGUGUGGGUGGCUGGGACCACACUCUCAACGUCCAUUAGUUAUUUAUUGUUUACAGGACAUGCAAUGAUCCAUCCAUCACAAUGAAACUGCUCCAUGAUGCGUUUCCAGGGGCUGUGGCAGUUGCAGAGUGGCCCUGUAGUGUUCUAGCAUAAAAGACAAACGCUUGGGCACCGCUGUACAAAAGGUGCCUGCACCUACACCUCUGAAACGCUGGGUCAAAAACAGGGCUAACCACUCCUCCAUGUCAACUCUCACAUUUCAAAGAUCCUUCUCAUUCUUUUCGAUGUAUAUUUGAGUUGUAUCUUUUUAGCAAAGUAUACCAUUUUGUGGAGAAUAAAUAUAAUGAAAAUAAUAUCUAAAAUGAAUUUGAGUAUAACAAAUAUAAAGAGGAAUACACCUGUAAUAAAUCUUAAGACAUUUUAAUGUGCUCUGGACAAAAAUACCACAGAGAAUGUCAAAGUAGCGAAUUCUGUGAAUUAGGUAGUCCAAAGCCUGGGUAAGUAGUUGACGUGUUUGUUUGUUACAUUUCUAACUGUUGUCACAGAAUGAGUUAUGUUGGUCAUCUGGAAAGUAUCAUGACAUGCACCUCAACAAUAUCACAUACAUCACAUUCACAAUGUUGAAAAUGGUACCUCUGCGAGAUUGUAAAAUCCACACAUUUGAAUUGGGUUGCUAUAAAACAGACAUGGGGCCCAUUUACUCACCUGUAGAAUAACACCACAGGUUGGGGCAGAUGUAGCAGAAACGCUAACUCACUAGCGGCUAACCAAUCAGCUGGGUAGGAUCAAUGUUCUUCAUGAAGGAAGGCAGCCCCGCUCUACUGUAUAAAUUGUAGUAAACCUCACAUUGCUGUCUUGGUUUGAGACACACACACACACACACACACAGUACACACACUCUCACACACAAUGAUCACAGUCCACAUGAAAUCUGCACCUCGCCUCUUGUAAACGAGAUGAGGUAGAUGGGAGAUCCACUUUAGCAAACUUAGCCUUAGACUUUUGCACAACCUUCAGCAUUUGCUCCUGCUCACACAUGAUCUAAGUUCAUGUUUUGUUUACAUUCAGCCUACUGAACAUUGAGCUAGAAAACAAACGUCACAUCAUACACCUUCAGUUUUAUAAACUAUUUCAACUUAUAAGAGAUUCAAGUUGCUAUAUUAUUCUCUAUAAUCAUUUUACAGGAUUUUGUGUCACAAACAAUUCAAUGGGUUUAUACUUUUUGCUCUCUAUGUGCUGUUGUCCAUUGUGCAAUACAGGAGAUAUAUAUAUAAAUCACACAAUACAGGAGAUAUAUAUAAAUCACACAAUACAGGAGAUAUAUAUAAAUCACACACACAAAGUAGUUUUCUAUGUAUUUUAAUAAAACUGACACCUGUGUUUUCUGUCUGAAAACGGCUUCCUGUCUCAUCCUGUUGUCAAACCACGGAGAUCAAACAGCCUAUUGCUAACCUCAACCGAAACUGAAACUAUUCAGACUCUGACAUUAAGGUACUGUUCAUACCAUGUGUUUUCUUUCACUGCACUACUGUCUCGCAUGUUUCCCCAAUUCUACAUUUCUUCUUGAAGAUACAGGAAGUAGAAACGGUCCCGUUACCAAUGGUGGUGGCAGAUUCAGUGUUACUACUAGUUUUAUUGAAGUGAGAAAGAAAGAAUAUACAUCCACAAAAAUAUGAGGAGGCUACUUACUGCAGUAAUGUUUUGCAAUGGACAUUCUUUACUCAGAGUUGUAUUAUUCUACACUUGAGAUGUAAAUAUUGUAAAACGGUUGGAAUAUUUGUGAGCCAGGAAAACACUUUUAAAUUAUCCCACUAACUGACAAUGUGAAGAUUGGUUCCAAAUUCUUCACUGUUUUGUAAAAAAAAAAUAGAAAACAUGUCUGUACCGUAUAAUUUAUAGUAGUUAUGUUCCAUAGAAAACUAAUAGCAAAAACGUAUAUUUUAAGACUAUAUAAUGAGUAUAAAGCAUGGGACAUGUUUAUUUUUAUAAAAACUAAAUAUUUACAGUAUCAAACGGCAUUCUCUCAUCAUGACCACCUGGAAAUGUUUUCAAACAUUUUGUUUUUGACCUAAUGUUAAAAUAGAAAUAUUUUGUGUGGUUGUCAUUGUUGAGUUGCAUUGUUGCCAAACUGUGAAUAUGUCUCUGUUCCAUAACAUAAUGGACCUAUGUUCCAUGGCCUAUUCCAUUGUGUUUGUUGGCACUUAUUUAUUUACUUUUAUUUAUUUGUCAAUAAUCUUGUCUUCACUGUGUUCUUCUGUCUGUACAACGUUUCUCAUGUUUUAAGAGCAAUAAAAUUAUAAUCCUCGGUUUAGAAAUGCA